GGUGUGGUGCGAGUAACGAACUUUUAUAAAAAGCCAAAGGAAUAGGCUUUAAACGAAGAAGUCAGAAGCUAGUUUCUUCAACGACGGAGGAGGAGGUCGUAUGGUUUUCUCGUCGGAGUUUUGGAACAAAUCUGUUUCCGAUUCGUACGGACAUAUUCCGACUUUUGUAUGUUGCAAAAGUUUGGACCUUUAAAUUGGUGAAAGAAGGAUUUUCACAGGGUUGGGUUCGAUGAAAGCUCUUAGAAGAAUCCAAACGAGGGCUUCGUUUACUAAUCCUUCUUCUUCUCCAUCGUCUCCGUGGUCUCAUUUGCGUUCUGCAUUCGUCCUUGUUACUACUGCUUCUUCUCCAGCUUCUUGUUCUGCUUCCUCUGAUCCGCAUCGACUUAAAUCGCCAUGGUCUCGAAGAAAACGAAAGAAACCUCUCACACUUAAGCGGUGGAAGAGAUUAUUCACUCCUGAGGGUAGACUUCGGAAUGGGGGAGUAGAUUUGUUGAAGAAAGUCCGGAGUGGAGGCAUUGAUCCUAGCAUUCGGUCGGAAGUGUGGCCAUUUCUUCUUGGAGUGUGUGAUUUCAGUAGUUCCGAAGAAGAGAGAUGUGCUACAAGAACUUGGAGAAGAAAAGUGUAUGAGAGACUACGCAAGCAGUGCAAAAGGCUUCAAAGACAAAACAGUGCGACUUUUAAGUUAAACAAGAUCAAUAAAACUACUCAAGAUGGGCGUGAUAGUUGUUGGUCUCUGGCGCAAGAAUCUGAUAGUUCAUGUUCUGAUGAUGCUUGCAGCCCCAACAAGUCUCUCUCUAGCGACAAAGACAACACGGAAGAUAAUGGUUACAUGAGUGAUGUCUCAUGUAUGCUUGACAGAGACUACACUGGUUCGACACAACUGAAUUCUGAGUCCUCAGACUCAGAUUCUUCAGAUGAGAAUGAUUCUGUUCAGCUCGUACCUUCUUCUGCAGGGAUGGAUAAAAGUAGUACUUCUCCAUCCAGCAUUAAUAUUUCUUGCACCAAAGAGGAUUUUGUGACCUGGCAGCGUAUUAUCCGUCUUGACGCUCUUCGUGCUGAUACAGAGUGGACUCCAACAUAUUCGUCAUCCCAAGCUAUGGUAUCAGAGAAUAGUGCACGCCGAGCUGCUGCUUCAGUUGAUUUAAAGGAUUACAGUCAUUUGGAACCUUCAAAAAUACUUCACGCUGCACGGCUUGUUGCUGUUCUUGAAGCCUAUGCUUUACAUGAUCCUGAAAUUGGAUAUUGCCAAGGAAUGAGCGAUCUCCUCUCCCCUAUACUCUCUGUCAUACCCGAUGACUACGAGGCAUUUUGGUGUUUCGUUGGGUUCAUGAAGAAGGCUCGUCAGAAUUUCAGACUCGAUGAGGUUGGGAUCACAAGACAACUCAGCAUAGUCUCAAAGAUUAUCAAAUCCAAAGACUCACAGCUCUACAAGCAUCUUGAGAAAGUCAAGGCCGAAGACUGUUUCUUUGUUUACAGACUGGUUCUUGUUAUGUUCAGAAGGGAGCUGACUCUGGACCAAACGCUGUAUCUUUGGGAAGUGAUCUGGGCAAACCAAGCUGCAAUAAGAGCUGGGAUGGGGAAAACUUCCUGGAGCCAUCGGAUAAAGCAUCGGGCGCCUCCUACAGACGAUUUAUUGCUUUAUGCCAUAGCGGCUUCAGUGUUGCAGAGGAGGAAACUCAUUAUAGAAAAGUACAAUAGCAUGGAGGAGAUUCUCGGGGAGUGCCACAAUAUGGUAGGGAAACUAGACGUGUGGAAGCUCUUAGACGACGCACAUGACCUUAUUGCUACCCUCCAUACCAAGAUUGAACACUCGUUCCCAUAAUCCUUUAACUUGUCUUUAGUCUUAUGAGAACAGCCUGGUGCUUGCGAUGCAACUGUAAAAUGUUGGUUCAUUGCUAGCCGUGAGAGGUUUGGAACAUAAUCUAAAGAGGAUAUGAUUUACCUCUACAGUGCAAUCUAAAUCCUGUUUUAACA